AAUACCAGCAGGACCAUCAAGAAGAAUACCAACUCCCCAAACAGCAGUUAAGACAAAAAUGUUCGUCGAAACUCAGCGUCACAUUUGGAAUGAACCAACUUUUAUCGGAAUCAAAGUGAUGAGGAGUACUAGGCCUAUUGCACAACUUAUAAUUGUUCCAGCAAUAAAACCUGUCAAACUGAGUAUUCCCGUGGUGCUGACUUGUCUGCGAAAAAUGAAAUUAAGGAUAUUAGAAAUAAUUGGUGGAAUACCUGAUAUUACUAGUGCCAAAAUGACUGAUAUAAAUCUUGAAAGAAUC